UGAAACCGCUGACCGGAUGUAAAAAAAAAUUCGCGCGGAAAAAAAAAUCAAGAAAAAUGCAAGCACUUGAAGAAAACGGAAGUCUCAAAACUGGAAAGCGACAUUUUGUCAUAUGGAAACCGAAAGUCGGACGUGUUUUACUGUAAAGCUUUCGAACCGAUUAGAUAUCAAAUCGUAGCUGUACAAGCGGACGCACAUAAGAAAUAGACUUUGUCAUAUAUACAAUACGCGAAUUCGAAGCAGCAACGUGUAAAAUGGAGUCCGGGAGUAGUAAUAGACGCGAAGUUAAAGCCUUUUGCGCAGCCUUUGUGUCUAAGCAGAUCGCUGACUUGAACGAACAGUACCAUCGAUUACUACGGUGUGAAUGUGCGAUGCUCGGAGCAGAAGGGUGCACUUGUGACUUCAAUAAAGAUGUCCCGGACACAUCGGACAACAAUGGCUAUCAGGAACCGGACAGUGAACAGGCGGACGGCUACAAUUAUGACACAAGCCACCAUAAUGGUGUAGCCACAUCGCAAAGGGGUCAGCUAGCACGACUAGGUUUGUUAAAAAGCAAUAAAAAGCACUCUUGGCAAAGUCAAAGCCUGGACGAGGGAGAACGUUCAGCAAUAGCCAAAAUGGCGCGACUUAACAUAACACACAUUCCCCGUAUGCGCCAUCUCCCAGUCGCUCUCCCGCCACAACACCACGACAAGCUGAUAAGAUGCCCAUCGUUUAUGGACCAGAUAUAUGACGGCGUCAAGAAUCCCUACGUACUGGUCAUCAACAAUGUGAACUUCCUGCUGAAACCAGCCCCUCGCAGCGGCGCGAGUGCCGAUAUGCACAACCUUCAACGGUUCCUGGACAAAGCUGGAUUCAUGACACGCGCGAUUCACUAUGAUCUGACCAGGAAAGAAAUGACGGAUGUGUUUGAGGCCGCACGUCAGGAUCCUAUUCUUGUUGAUCAUGACGGCUUCAUCUGUGUGAUCAUGAGUCACGGAGGCAAGAAUGGGAUCCUGACGAACGAUCUUAAUUUUGUGGAUGUUGACGAGAUUACGGGCAAGUUUCAGGGAACCAACUGUCCACAGCUUGCUACUAAACCUAAACUGUUCUUCAUACAAGCAUGCCGCGGAGACGACGUCGAUAAAGGCUAUGUCGUAAGCCGUGGUCACAGGAAUCAUCAUCACGAGGAAGAACUCCCAGUAACACUUCCUUCCGAAGCAGACUUUCUAAUCGCGUACUCUACUACAAAAGGAAAAGUAUCAUUCCGACGGUACACUCCAGAUUGUGCGUACAUGGAAGCCAAUUUAGCGUCUAUGGGCUCUUGGUUCAUAUCCUGCUUGGUUGAUGUACUUCUUGCCUAUUCGCAUAGGGAGGACUUGAUGAGCAUGUUGACACGUGUCAAUCACGCGAUGGCAUCGCUCUAUUCAAACGCUGGCAAUAAGCAGAUGGCUUGCCAACUGUCGAUGCUCACUAAGAAGUUGUACUUUGCGAAUUUGAUGGAAAAGGAGGAUGAGGGCAAUGACUAGGGACUUUCUAUUGAGAUGAAGGUGUAUACCAAGACUCUAGCGAAAUAUUUGUCAACUUCCUCGUAAGGGAAACGCCCUCACAAAAUAAAAAGGUGUCCCUUA